AUGAUGAGGGACCUGGCUCUUGCAGGCAUGCUGAUCAGCCUGGCCUUCCUGUCACUGUUGCCGUCUGGUUGUCCUCAACAGACCGUAGAUGAUGCCUGCUCUGUGCAGAUUCUUGUCCCCGGCCUCAAAGGGGACACAGGAGAGAAGGGAGAGAAAGGUGCUCCAGGACGGCCUGGAAGAGUCGGCCCCACGGGAGAAAAAGGUGACAUGGGGGACAAAGGACAGAAAGGCAGUGUGGGCCGCCAUGGAAAAAUUGGUCCCAUUGGUGCUAAAGGUGAAAAAGGAGAUUCUGGUGACAUGGGACCCCCUGGCCCUAGUGGAGAACCAGGCAUCCCGUGCGAGUGCAGCCAGCUGAGGAAAGCCAUUGGGGAGAUGGACAACCAAGUCACCCAGCUGACAACCGAGUUAAAAUUCAUAAAAAAUGCACUGCCCUCCCCUGCAGCUGUCGCCGGUGUGCGUGAGACCGAGAGCAAGAUCUAUCUGCUGGUGAAGGAGGAGAAGCGCUACAUGGAUGCCCAGCUGGCCUGUCAAGGCAGGGGAGGCACACUGAGCAUGCCCAAGGAUGAGGCCUCCAAUGGCCUGAUGGCUGCAUACCUGGCGCAAGCUGGCCUGGCCCGUGUCUUCAUUGGCAUCAAUGACCUGGAGAAAGAGGGCGCCUUUGUGUACUCUGACCGCUCCCCCAUACAGACCUUCAACAAGUGGCGCAGUGGCGAGCCCAACAAUGCCUAUGAUGAGGAAGACUGUGUAGAGAUGGUGGCUUCUGGGGGCUGGAAUGAUGUGGCCUGCCACAUCACCAUGUAUUUCAUGUGUGAGUUUGACAAGGAGAAUAUGUGA